AUGGCUCCUCCUCACCCUCCGACAACAAUUGCUGAGCUGCGAGGCUUAAUCAACACGCACCCUAUUAUUGACAAUCACGCCCACAACCUCCUCCGCGAUGUGGAUUCAACCUCUUCUCCCCUCGAAUCUAUAGUAUCCGAAGCGUCUGGACUCGCUCUCAGUGAUGCCACCCGCACCCUUGCCCACGCGCGAGCCGUCACCCAGCUUUCGGGCUUGCUAGGUUGUGCCCCAACUUGGGAAGCAAUUAAAGACAAACGCAGGACAAUCGAUUAUGAAGCGUGGGCUAAGAAAUGCCUUUCUGGAACUCAAUGUCUGCUCAUAGACGAUGGGCUGGAUGGAGAAGGAGUGCAUCCUUACGAUUGGCAUGACCGCUACGCUUCGUCACCUUCAAAGCGUCUUGUUCGAGUCGAGACGCUUGCUGAGCAGACGCUUCGUGAAUUUGCACCCGAAUUCCAAGAAGAUGAAAGCAACAAUUCGCGAGAAGCGGAGCUAUUCAACCGAUGGUCUGAGCGGUUUUCCGGAUUGAUCAAUGCAGCCGUUCAAGACCCAGUGGUUGCAGGAUUCAAGUCAAUUAUUUGUUAUCGGAGCGGGCUCGAUAUCGCCGGUGAAACAACGGGGGGGUUGCUUUUAGAGGCUGUAAAAAAUGCCUUGCGGGGAUCAAGAAGGGAUGGCGGGCGAUAUAAAAUUCGAGAUAAGAUUUUGGGAGAUUUUCUGGUGUGUGAGGUUGCUAGGAUCAUCGCAAAGAGCGGAUCUUGGAAGCCCUUCCAGUUCCACACCGGAUUGGGUGAUAAUGAUCUCAAUAUUAGGAAGGCCAAUCCCGCCUAUUUGCAAGAUUUUAUCAAGGAGAAUCCGGAUGUCCCGAUUGUCCUUUUGCACUCUUCCUAUCCAUUUACACGUGAAGCUGGCUACCUCGCCUCUGUGUAUAAGAAUGUGUAUCUCGAUAUUGGGGAGGUCUUUCCUAUGAUUUCCAAAGAUGGGCAAAAAUCUGUUGUAAAACAAUGUCUGGAGUGCACGCCUAGCAAUAAGCUUCUCUGGAGCACGGACGGUCAUUGGUUCCCCGAGGGAUUCGCUCUGGCAAAUAUGCAGAUACGUGAAGUAUUAGGUGAGGUUCUUCCGAAAUGCGUAGCAAAGGGUCAGUUGACUGUUCCCCAAGCGGCGGGUUUUGUUAAAGACCUGCUCUUCGAGAACUCCAAUAAGCUCUACAGACUAAACCUCAUUCCUAUCUUCGCUUCUACAAUUGAUCUUGUCGAUCACUCACCCCCGAUCAACCAAGGGACCCAAAUGCUCUCUGAAUUUCUCCACAAGAAUCCUCACGUCAAAUACUUUCGCUUGCAAUGGGUGGAUUAUACCAACACUCUCCGUCUCCGACUUGUGACUCUAGCGCAAAUGAACAAGAUGGUUUCGAAAGGCACUUUUCUGACAGUGACCAAAGCUGUCCUAUCGCUCCUGCAAGACGACAGUCCGACAGAUGAUUUCACGCCUGCUGGUAGAUAUAAUCUUGUCCCGGAUUGGUCGAGUUUGAGGAUUUGUCCUGGAGAGCCUGGUCUUUUAGAGAAACCCUCUAAAUACGCGAGUGUGAUGUGCUUCUUCAGGGACAAUGAAGAAGAAGUAGAUACCUGUCCGCGUACUAUACUUUCCCGAGCCGUUCGGCGGGCUAAAGAAGAACACAAGGUGGACUUCCUCAUCGGGUGGGAAACGGAAGUAGUCUUCCUUAAUAAGACCGACCUCGAAGCUGCCAGCAAAACGCAUGCCUGGAGCACUUCUCGAUCCCUCCACAAUCGCUGCCUCACAGCCCUUGAGCAAAUAGUCGAUGCCCUCGAAGCAUCCGGGAUAGAAGUCCUCCUAUUCCACCCCGAGAGUGCACCAUCCCAGUACGAGAUUGUAACCGGCCCACUUCCACCUCUUGAAUCCAUCGAUGCACUCUACCAUACCCGCGAGACAAUUAUGCGUAUUUGUUCUUACCACAACCUUCGUGCUACGCUUCAUCCAAAGCCCUUCAAAGGCGCCGCUGGCACUGCUGCGCACAUGCAUGUAUCGAUGGCUCCUCCCACAGAGUCACUCCAAAACGCUUUCUUUGCCGGAGUGCUAUCCCACCUUGGGUCUCUGGCGGCGUUGACGCUACCACAAGCGGCCAGCUAUGAGAGGCUUGGGGACAGCUGCUGGACGGGGGGCACUUGGAUUGCUUGGGGAGAGGAAAAUAGGGAAACCCCCUUAAGGCGCGUGAGCAAAGGGGAAGCUCAUUGGGAAAUUCGGUGUAUUGAUGGACUUGCAAAUGCUUAUCUCGCUGCCACCGGUAUAAUCUCAGCUGGGUGUAUGGGCAUGUUAGACGGGAUGAAAUUGCCUGGCGAGAGCUGUAACUCCGACCCAUCCAAAAUGACAUCUCGGGAACGUAACGGUUUAGGAAUCACCAGGCAGCUUCCUGAUGGGCUAGGCAAGGCAAUGGACCUUCUACGAGCCGACAAAAAGUUGAGGUCUCGGAUUGGUGAGGCGUGUGUUGCUAAGUAUAUCAUUUUGAAGAAAGCUGAAACUGCAGCCCUUGAAGCAAAUGGCCCUUCUGUGCGGGCGUGGAUUAUGGAUAGAUAUUAG